GUCAUCAUCCCAGCCUCAGCAUCCCAGCACCGGUCAUCAUCAUCGUCAGCAUCAGCCUCGAGCCAGCAGACGACACGCAGGACAACAACGACCAUGGACGACGAAGAGAUGCCCCCCGCGCCGCACCCUGAGCCCUCCGCCUCCCUGGACACCGCCGUCUUCGUCUUCUCCUUGUUCGACACAGGAGCCUUGCUGUUCCUCCUCGUCUACUAUGUCAUCACUUUAUCUGACUUGGAGUGUGACUACCUAAAUGCUCAGCAGUGCUGCUACAGACUCAACUUGUGGGUGAUUCCCAAGCUGGCGGCCCACCUGCUGCUCUCCCUCGUGUUCCUGCUAACAGGACACUUCUACCUCUUCCUCGCCUCCCUGCCCCUGGCUGCCUUCCUCCUCCGCGAGUAUGUUAAGGUGCCGGCGGGAAACUUCGGUGUUUAUGACCCCACGGAAAUUCACCGCAUGGGGCAGCUCAAAACACACAUGAGGGACUCAGUAAUUGGCCUGGGAUACUACCUGGUCUUCUUCUUCAUUUAUCUCUACUGCCUGUUGACCCACCUGCUGCGCUCCAACCCUAUUCCCAAGCCUGACUAUGCUGAUGACAUUGGGCUGUAAAUAUGUACUUCAUUGAGCCAGUGGGUGUUGUGAAGGCUGCAGGGUGUGUGGAUAGAGGCCAUCCAUCUCUUGCUUUUAGUGAUUUAAGAGUUAAAGGGGAGGAGCAUGCAGUCACAGGAUUGUUCACUCCAUCUGUGUGCAUUCUGUCCAGUAUGAUUUCCACUCCAAAGUUAACUCCAAAAGUAGUUUUAAUUAUUUUUGUAUUUUCUUUGUACUAAAAGUGUGAAAAUAAUACCAAUCCUUUUUAAUGUUCAGAUUUGUCAGCCUUUUUGCUGUAGAGGCAGUGGUGUAUGCAGGUAACUGUGUGCAGGUGAAUUACAUAGCAUGUGCAGCAUCACAGGUCACAUUGUCCAUAUGUUUGUGAAGCUCAAAUAUUGAAACCUUCAUAUAUGCAGUAUUAGGUUACUGGCUUUAAGUACAUUAGUUCAAGCUUUUGUAUUACCCCAUUAACAUUGUUUUGUGCAAAUUUCUGCAAAAAAGGACAGUUUUAUUUGCUGUAUUCAUGAUUAAUACCCAAGGAAUAUAGUACUUGGAAGUUUAUGUAUAAAGUUGUGUGUGUGUGUGUGUAUGAUUGUCUUUUUUUAUGUAUUUGUAUUUUGCAGGAUUUGAGGUGUGGGUACACAUGUGCAUGCAUGUGUGGGUGGGUGUUUACUUAAGGACUAUGUUCAUUUCAUUUAUAUCCAUUAUGAUAGUUCCAAAGCUAUACAAAAAUUGAAGAGGUCUCAUGAUUCUAGUAUUAAGGUUAGUUUAUAUAGUGAUGAAAAGUAACUUAUUAUAACCUUUCUAACAGGUUGUGAUCAUACAUUGGUACACAGUAUGGUGAACCAGAACCAAAGAAACAAUGCAUGUCAUUUCCCUGACAUUUUCAUAUUACUCUUUUUGUCCCAUGAACAAUACAUCAGUUCUAAAAGUCUGAGUAAAGGACUAAGAAUGUCAAUAAUAAUGGAUUCUUGCAAACAUCCCACAGUAUCGUAAAAAUGGGGUUCUACUGGAAUGGAUGCUUUUUUUCUUAGCUGCUGCAUAAUAACUAUCUAUGUCAAAUGAGCACAAAUUUUCUUAUCAUUCAUUAUUUUAUUUGCAUGUUGGUUGGUGGUGUAGAUAGUAAAUAAUGUGGAUCGUUCAGAGGGUUAUAAAGAUUAUUUGACUGACUGUGACUGGGCCAACCCAGGAGUGUUAUAACACAUGAGCCAACAGAAUCAGUCUGUCAGCACCCUGCUAUGGGCCACCAUAAAUUGGCAAAGGCUUGUGCUCCCUCCAUUUAGGAGGGAGCAAUCCUUAAACAAACAAACAAUGUGCAAAUGGAUUUCAGUGAAUUACAUUAAUUUUGUGGUAAUUAGCAUUUCUACAUCACAGUAGGUUUAGUUUUGAUUAAGAGGGAAAAAAGCUAGAUGCUUCCAAGAAAUACUUCCAUUUUUUACCCUUCCCAGUGAAAGAUGUAGCUCACUCACACCUCAACUCGUGUAUGUUCAGGAUAAUGAGGUACUAAUAUAAUAACAUCAGCUGAUGAUCUUUAAUAAUGUUUACAAGUUGUGUAUAAUAUAUGACGCUUCCUUUAGUACUAUAAAGGGUGAACAAGUAUAUCAGGACCUGUGAUAUAGAUUUCUAGUCAUUUCAAACAAAUGGCUUCUCUGUCAUUGAAAUUACCAUAAAGAAAGAGCUGAGUGAUGAUGAUGUCUGACAAAUGUGUUAUAUUCAACUAAUGAACAAAUGUGAGUAAAUAACAUGGCUCAAUAUCUUUAAUACUCAUAUUUUGAUAUGUCAAGUGGUGAGCAUCUAUUAACCUGUGCAUUUUGUCCAAAUUCCUCUUCACUUCUUUGGUUCUUAAGUCUGAGGUGGGUAAAACCCCGUUAUGGUACUCUGGGACACAGGGCAAGUGUGACAUUCAGUUUAUUUCUCCAUGUUCCCUCUGGUACCCAUUUAUCAACCAACAUAAAAGAGAAGGUGAACAGCUGGGUGCCAACUGCCCUGCUCAGAAUCAAACCUGGGUCCACAGAUUCAGAGCUAGGUAUGCUAAUCACUCCACCACCUGAAGAUCUUGUGCAAAUAAGAGGUGAAAUAUAAGUGGAGUAAGCUAUUUCUUGUACUGGGAAGAACUUAUGACGAUAUCAUAUAUACUCAUACUCAAGUUGAUCAAGAUGGCAGGUACCUGUGUAACAAAAUUCUUUACAUCACGCCGAGAAUAUUAUAUUUGGAGUCUAGUGUUUGUUUUAACAUUAUCUUGACAACCUGAAAACUCUGAAUAUACAUUUGAUGCAUGUUGAUAAAAGGUUAGAGAAAAUGGGUUGCUUCAGGUAUUUACAGUUUUACUGUUUAAAUAUUGUUUUUUGUCUUGUUUCUUAUGUACAGUUUUAUAAAGAGAAAAAAAGUUGUUAUACCAAAUCAAUCAGUCAACAUGUAUUGCAGCAUAACCAUAUAUUUCUCUGCUGUCUCCUUGCUCAUAACAUUUGCUGUUAUGCGUAGUCCUCAUUCUUAUGCCUUAUAUUUAUAGCAUACCCUAUAUUUUUACAGCUUGUAUGAAAAAAGUGAAGAGGCCAAUAUCUAUGUUGGUCCCUCCUCUUUCAAAGUGAGGGUUCAUGACUCCCUGUUUCCUGUGUCACUGUUCUUGUGCUGCCCCGGCAUAUCAUAAGCUUCUAGAAAUUGUACAUUUUCAUUACUCCCACCACCUUCAUAUUUGACCUGUAGAGUAGUAUUACAUGUUUGGAAAGCCAUACCUCUUCAUUGUUUAAGCAUUUUUUCCCCUCUGUCCAAACAUGUCCCCUAAUUCUUCAGUCUUUAACAAGGUUAUUUGUAACAGAAAAGAUGAUACAUAAUAUCCAUUUAAAAGAAGAAUGUAAAUGACUGACAACCCUGAAAUUAUGUAAAAUGUUGUAUAGCUGCAUAGCUUUUUGCCAUAUAAUAGAAAAUUCUAUAUGCUGGCAUAUUUGACAUUUAACUCAAAUCCAGCUUGAGGAAGUCUAAGGAAGAAAGAAACAGCCACCAUAUGGGUAUUUUUGUUGCAUGUAUUAAAGAUAAUCAACUCUUGAAAAUCUUCUGCAGUGGGAGAAAUUAGUAAGGUUUUGGAGGUGGCUUUGUUGGGAAGAUUUGUGCUAUAAAUGCUUGUUUGACCAUCUAUCUUCCCAAGAGCUACUGAUAAACCUUGUGCACCACAAAAUUGAAAUAUGCUUAGGAGGCUGCUGUGUUGGGCCUCCAAACAAACUCAGUGAAACAUCAACUCUCCUAAUAGAGCCUCCGUAGGUGUCUAGUCUUGACUCCCAAUGGUUGGUUAUCCUACUGAUGGUAAACAAAAAAUAUGAUUGUUGCUGUGAUUUCUUUGCCCGUACAACUCUGCCUUAUUAUAUGCAUAUAUUUGAUGAUAUUUCAAAAUUUAAUGAAUUAUUGGAUUAGUUUUUUUUAUGCCAGGGCUUGAGGUAACAGAUCAAACCUAUAGUAAAAGAGAUCGGAGAAGCAUAUUGCUGUACCUGCUGUUGUGUAUGAGACUGUGCAAUGAUUUUACAUAAUAAAUAUGAAAACAAUCCACACCUUUUAACACCCACUGAAGUCUGUCUUUAUAGGGUUGAGGUAGAAAUCACAUUCCGUACCUUUAGAGUGAGGGAACAAGUAUAAAGUAGAUUUAAAGCUAGAUAUUGUAUGUACAACUUAAUAUGUUUGACACCACUUGAAUGACUUGUAUUGACACACACACACACACACACACACA